AUGCACUUCGUGACCGUCGACGUCUUCACAGACACUCCCUUCCGAGGGAACCCGCUCGCCAUCGUCAUAGUCGAGGACAAAGAGCGAGCCUCGCUGGAGGCGAGCUCAGAAGACAGUCCCAACAACAACACUAAGCAGCUCAUCGCUAAGGAGUUCAACCUCUCCGAGACGGUAUUCCUCUUCCUCCGCCCAGGCGAGACCCUCGCCUCGCCCGACCGCUCUUCGCCCGAGCGCGAGAUGGGCAUCUUCACCACCGAGACAGAGCUCCCCUUUGCCGGCCACCCGACCAUCGGCACCGCCUAUUUCGUCCUGCACCACCUGGGCUGGGACUUUGUUACUACUCUCCUGCCACGCGCAGGACCCAUUGCCAUCUCUCGUUCCUCCUCCUCCUCCUCCUCCUCCUCCUCCUCCUCGCCCACAGCAGAGGGCGUGACGGCUCGCAUCCCGCACGACGUGCACCUGCACUCGCGCACCCUCCGCUCCCUCUACGAGCUGGGCGACGCCGGCGUCACGGCCCACAUCCACCCUGCCCUGCACCCUGACCCCGAGGUGCGCACCGCCGAGCUCGACGCCCCCAUCUUCAGCAUCGUGCGCGGCAUGACCUUCCUGCUCGUCCGCCUGUCCAGCCUCGAGCAGCUCGCCAGCGUCACCGCCGCGGGCCAUCUGGACCUGGGCAACUAUAUCAGCCUGCUGGACGCCGGGUCCUGGGGCCAUGGCUUUGUGUCGCGGUACUAUUACUAUGUCGACCCAACAAAGAGCGGCGGCCAAGGUGAUGUGAGGACUGAGGCGGUGAGGACGCGCAUGGUGGAGUUGGCGUUUGAGGAUCCUGCCACGGGGAGCGCGGCUUCGUCUCUGGCUUGUUACUUGACCCUGCAGGGCGAUGCGGAGAAGAUGAAGUAUCUGGUCACGCAGGGGGUUGAGAUUGGGAGGAAGAGCGAUAUCGUGGUGGAGGUCGAUGCGGCUUAUGUUGCUGGGAGGGGUGGGACAAAAGAGAUCAGGGAGGUAAGGCUGGGUGGGACUGCGAGGAUGGUCAUGAGUGGCGAGAUUAAUGUCUGA